UUAAAAUGUCGUUUGUUCUUUAAAAAAAAUUCAUUUUCGUUUUCUAAAGGUCGUUUGAGUUGGACUAAUUCACUAAUUCAUUAACUAAUUGAUAUUUUGACUUUGAAACUUUUGAUAUCAAAGUGAUUGUAAAUAAAAGACUAUGCUUCCCAGGGAAGACAGAGAAUAUGACGUUUAUAAAGAUUCACUUCUCCGAUAUGCUGGUAAAUAAGCAUUUCAUUACAUUUAUUUUGAAAUUACAUUUUUAAUCCAUCUACCGAUCUACCUCAAUCAGUCAAUCAGAAUCACACCAUCACUGAGUACUGAGACUCACUCGGUCUGACACUAUACUAUAAGGAGUAUAAAUAUUAAUUAGGGCAAUUAGUAAUCAGGGCUAUUUAUAAUAAAAUAACUAAAAAAUAAUAAUUAAAAUUAAUAAUAUUAAUAUAUAUUAUAUUAUAUAAUAAUUUAUAAUAAAUAAUUUCAAUCUAAAUAAAUAUAGGCCUAAGUUUAAGAUUAGUUUAGAGUUAGAGUUUAGUAUGAUAAUGAUUAUUAUUUCUGAUCUGUUUAUGAUUAUGAUAAUAUAAAUGAUGAUAAUGGUAAAUUUCGAGAGAUCGCCCCAGGGUUUCCGCCAUCUAAGCCAUCUUGGUUGACACAACCAGUUAAUUCUGUCACUUAACUUAACCUAAACUAAAUCGAUCCCUAUGCCUAACCUGAACCCUAAAUCGAUCCCUCAACCUAACCUAAACCCUAAUUCACUGCAACUAUAAUAAACACGCAAAUGACGUCACAGGAUGAUAAGUGUCUUUAACUUUAAGUCUAGUCUUUCACUACUCAACUAAUAAUAUAACUUAUCUGAGGGCUCGAGGCUUAGCUGAGGCUAGUUCUUUACUUUUACAAUUACUGAACUGGCUUCACUACAGAAUCAUUUUCAAAAAGUUGACAGUCAUAACUAUUUAUAAUAUUUUUAAUAAUUAUUGUAGGCUGUGUAAGUGUAGGUUUAUUAGGCUAUUAAUUACUAAGUAUUACCAAUGUCUAAGUCCUACAGCUACAGCUUAUGCCUAUGCCUAGCCUAACUAACUUAGCCACCCAAGCCCAAACUAACUUCUUUUUCUACUAAUUAAAUUACUUUAACGAAGGCCUACUUGCUAUUAUUUUAGAAAUAGUAGGUAUCAAAAACAAAAGUCAACAUUAGUAGUAGUCUACAGAGUACACUUCAGUUUGAGUGAGUACAGGCUCUAGCCCCAGCCGCCCUUAAAAUUGGUCCUAAUUAUUUAAAUUAUAGACCUACUAUGUAAAUGUAUGCCACAGUUUGGACAUAUGUUAAUGAAGUAAUGCCUAAUACUGCUAAUAUUAAUAUCAUUAAUGAAUAUGAUAAUUAUAAUUUUAGAAAUAAGUUGUCUAUUCAUAUUGAGUUGACAUUCUUUUACUCCUAUUAAUAGAAAGUAUGAAUUUCAAAUAUGAUAACUAGACCAUGGCCAUAAUAUCAUGCACAUAUUCAUAUUCAAUACGCCUAAACAAUUUGAUAAUGCAAAGGCAUAGCCGCUCUAGCAAAAAAUGCCUUACAAUAAUUCAAGAAAUAUAAAGAAAAAUUUAUAGACCCACUACUAAUGGUACAGAAACUUUGAUUGAUAUGGAUGGAUAAGUAACUUUCAAGAAUUGUUAUUGGUAAGAGUACCGGUAGUAACCUUUUUAAAUAUUAUGAAUAUGUCUCAUUAAAUAAUUAGAGAUUAAAUUACAAAUGUAGCUUAAUUAUCAUAGUUAUUUUUUUUUGCUUAAACUUAAAACAAAUGUUAAUAGUUGGCUAAACUAGGAAAAUUAGAAAGAGUUAAGAUGCUCUUUCUUAAACUCAUUCACCUUUCAAUGAAUGUGCAAUUGACAGUAGCAGUAAGUGUAAAGCCAGGGUGAUUUUUAAAUAUUAAUAAACUUUCCUUUUGUUGCUUCCUUUUUGAAAAGGUUAUGCAAAUGAAGUUGGCGAAGCCUUUCGCUUGAUUGUUCCUGUGAAGUUUGUGUGGCUGAGCUAUGCUGUAUCUAGUGGCUAUGUUAUUGCAGAUGCAAUCGACAAAGGCUAUCGGGUUUGGAAGGUAAGUGGGAUAUUUAUCAAAAUUUCAAGCAAGAUGAUGAGUAGUUUCAUUACUUUUUUAACAUUAAAAUGUUGUAAAGUUAUAAAGUUUUAAAAAAUGUAGUAUAAAAUUGGAUCAGGUAUGCAUAUAAUUGUCAUUAUAUUUUGCUACUGUUUAUUAAAAAGUUCUAAAAGUAAAAGCAAAAUUUGCCACCAAAAACUGUAAAUCCAAUUUCAAGCUAAUUUCAAUCCCCCACUUUUUAGUUGAUUCAUAAUUUGUUGAUCUGUUUUUCCCCCGUUUUAAAUUUUUAGUAAUUGGGCAAUGUAAAAAUAUUAAUGUUACAAUUGCAAUGACUUGACACCUUUAAUUACUUUAAAUCGGGGGUACUCAUCCUUUUUAGUUAUAACAUUGUCAAGUUGUGCCGACCCACAGCAAGCAUUAUUCCUAUAUAGAAGAAAUUAAGAAAUAGGUGUUGAGAGGUUUGGGGUGGGUAUUGAUUGUAAUUGCUAUAGUGUAGUCAUGGUGUAGUGACGACUAAAAAAAACUAGCCCUGUUAUUUCAAAUAAAAUUUAAAUUUCAAAAUUUAAUGUAACGUACCAAUAAGAUGAAAUGCACAUUAAAUUUUUUUUUUAAAUGUGUGAUGUCUCAAUGUGCCCUUGGUCUAUUGUCAGAUGACCCCUGAGGGGUUGAGAACCGCCACUUGUUAUCAUGUCUUGAAGAAAGCAGAAGCUCCAUUUAGUAAUUAUUUAAUGCACUUGUCAUGAGGUCAUUACAAUAAUGUUGUUUCUGUUUUGUCUUGCACAGAAACCAUUCCAAUCAGAAAAGGCGCGCUUUAGAAGGGCAACCAUAGCAACGUGUGACACUCUCAUCUGGCAAGGACUGGCUUCAGUGAUCAUUCCGGGGUUUACCAUUAACCGCAUUUGCUGGUUGGCUAAUAGAGGUUUGAGCAUGAUUGAGAAAUUUCCACCCCCUGCCAGGAAAUGGACUGUUGCAGCUAUUGGCCUGGGAAGCAUUCCUUUCAUUGUAAAGCCAAUAGAUCGAAGUGUCGACUUCCUCAUGGAUAACACUUUCAGAAGGCUUUAUUAUCGUUAAAAAAUCUCAAAACUGUGUGUCAUUAGCACAUUAAGAUUGUUCAUGUGUUAAAUUUUUGACAUAAGACUUUAUGAGAAGCAAGUUAACCUGUUUAGAGGUGGCAUCUCAUUAAUUUCUAGUGUUUGAUUUUGUCAUUAUUUUUGUUUAAAGUCUAAUUAUAUUGAACAGUUUUGUAGUUAGUACGGCUGUAUUAACUAAUUAAAUAGUUGUUUAUUUUUAAAAAUCUUAAAAUGGUUUUUAUAUUUUGAUAAAGAAAUUCUCUAACACAUGGCUACAGUAACAUUAGCGACCUAACACUAGAAACUCUGCUCCAUAAUAUUAUGAAAAGUAUUACUAAAUAAAAAAGAGAAAGAUCAUGCCCACCUCGAUAGUAGUAAAAAAAAUAACAUGUCAGUCCGUUAAAUGAAUGAUAGUCUGAAUUAUUUGCUUGGUAAACAUAAGGCCAAAGUAAACACAAUUUUCUCAUUUUCAUGUGCUGCUUGUCAAAGAGGUCUGGAUGAUAAAACAUGAUGUAACAGUCAAUGCUAAUUUUGUUAAAAUACGAUUAAUUAACCAAUUUUUUGUUGUUGUUGACCUGAUAAGAAAAUGUACCAUUACAAAACUCAAACUGCUUUUUGAAACUGCUGUUGGAAUAUAACUGGCCCUGAUGCUCCACAUGUACUACAGUAUUACUCCAGCAUAAUCCACACCUUAUUAUCACAGCUGUACAAAACAACUCAUUUGAUCUUUUUGUUGAUUUUUAUUGCAGGGAAAAAUGAUUUUUACCUUGUAACAAGGUUCCACUGCUGGUGGGCAGCCAGAGAAAAUUUUGUUGAUCGUUUGCAACAUAAAACUGCAGGAAUAUUUUAUGUCCCUAUUUUUAUUGUAGUAACCCUAACAUGUUUAAAUAAAAAAGAAACUCAUUACACUUACACCUUGAAAAAGAGAUACCGUACAUUAAAGUUAAAGUAAACUCAUCAUCAUCAUAAUGUCCCUUAGUCCUUGGACCGUUGGGGCACCACAGAUGACAUGAAAACUAUUCUCUUCCAUUCCGCUCUGUUUUCUGCACUUCGCACAGCAUCGCCUAGUUUUAGUCCCGUCCACUCUUUGAUGUUAUCUUCCCAUAUUUUUAUCUGUCUUCCUCAUCUUCUCCAUCCUCUCGUUGUGCCCUGCAAGAUUUCUUUGGGGAGCCCUUGCUUUCUUGUCCCGUGUUAAACUACACUAUCAUUAUUUGUUUCUUAUUCUGCCACUCAGUCUGAUCUUUUUGAUAAAUUGUAGAUCUAAUGUUCUAUUCAAAUUGCUUUUUAAAAGACUGAAACAUACUUUGGAUUUUGUUAAUAAUAAUUCCAAAUAUUGAAAUUUAAAUUUAACUUCAUUGAAAAUUUUUAUUUUUUAAAGUUGUUUUCAAAAGAGACUACCUCCAUUUUAAAAUGAAGAUGUUUAAUUAGUCAGUCAGUUUGUCCUAUAACUAUAAUUGUUACUUUGCCACAUUAAUGGAUUCUCUUUACAAUAAAUACAAAGAGAGUGACAAAGAAUAACCUCUCUAGCGCUUUCUGUUUUUUUUUUUUUAAUGGAUAAGCAGCCUCAAACUUCCAUGAUCAUUUUAAUAGAGUUGAUUAGUAGGAUCGAAAAGUUUUUUUUCUUCUUUAAAGUCUUGUUGGAUUUUAUAAAAAAAAUUUUUGUUGGAUCUUUGUUCUAUUAAUUUUAACUUAACAUUAGAAAUAAUUCUUUCUUUUCACUCACCAUUUCCACCGUUCCCCAUGGCCCACAAGCUGUAACAUGCCAAUGUAGAGAUCAAAGAUUAUUUGGAACCUUUUACAGUUAUUUAUUUAUAAUCAUGAGAUGUUAAGCUGAAAAAAUAUUUUUAGCCAGAAUGUUUAGUAUUGCUUUGUUUGUUGGGUCAAGUAAAGGCUCAUCUUGAUUUAUUAUACUUUUGGCAGCCUUAAAAUUAUUCACAAACUGAUCUCAUCACCCAGUGCCUUACUUAUUGAUUAAUGAACUUUUUUUGUUGUUGUUGAUCACUUGUUGUAACGUCUCUUUAUUAAAAUGUGUUUUUAGUGGCUUGAUGAUUACAAGAUUUUGAAUAUAGAAUAAUAGCUCCUCCAAUACAGUUGCAAGUAGAAUAAUCAUAACACAUCAUUAUGUAGCUCAAAUGGAUAAUUGAUGAAGGGAGACGACUUCUUAACAAUUAAAUACUUUGUUGCACUCUCGUUCAAAAACUUAAAUUCCUCAAGCCUAUCAAAACAUUUCUAAAUACAGAGACUUUACAUUUGUCUUUUCAUCCAUAAAUAUUUACAAAGUUUAGUAUUAAUGGACUUCCAUUGUUUAAUUACCAUUUCAGUCUGCUAAAAGUAUUCAUGGAACAGUUUGGGACC